AUGAACAAUAACUUCCAUGGUCAUAGUUACCCACAUGGCGGCGAAAUGAAUCCCAACACAUAUAAUCAUAAUCAGGACUACCAGUAUGUUCCCAAUGCUGAUCCACAUCAAGAAGUCUCAGGGUGGUAUGAAGUUAGUUGCGUUGAAGCUGGUGCCGGCGUACCGGGCAGAAACGAUGCGAUUCGAGCCCUUGCUUUCGAUCCAGUCAAGGAACUUAUAUGGGCAGGAACCGCGGGUGGCAUGUUGCACUCUCAUUUUGCAUCGGAUAUGACUCGGGUAGUCUCAUCCUACGUGGCUGAACCUUCCGCUGACCCUUCAAUCACCGAUGACGUCCGCGAUAUCGUUGUUUCAUCUCAUUCUGUGCUUGCGGCAAUGGGAUACGGGUUGGCAGUACUGACGAGAGGAGGGGCAUUCUUGGCCGCCAUGCGCGCCGAUACAAUCAAGAACGCAAGAGGACUUGCUUUGAACCCUCACAGUGAAUCCCAUGUAUGCAUUGGUGGAGAAUCUCGAAUGCUUGCGAUUAUUGACCUCCAGCAAGAACGAAUAUUGCGUCAGGCCACAUUGCGAGGUGCUACCGGUGUCACAAAAGCGCUGUGGGGUGCCUCAGACGCAACAUCAAGUCUUGCGAUCUUCGCAACAUCAACUGGCCGAAUCUCGUUUUGUGAUCCUGCGACUAUGCGUGAGAUUAACGCGGUAGCGGCUUUUGCAGGGGCCACGACUAGUAUCGCGUUGAGCGGGUAUUUCUUGGCCGCCACUGGUAUUGGAACUCGAGGUGGCGUGUCCUAUUUCGAGCAGCACGUCAAGAUUUUCGAUAUACGACGACUGGACACACCUAUGCCCUCAGUUGCGUACCAAGCUCCCCCAAUGUAUGUUACUUUCGAUGCGUACAGCUCGCAUUUGCACAACACCAACGGGGCGAUGUGGAUUCUUUCUCCUGAAGGUCUUUUGCAGUGUAUGGACAUAUCGUCAAUAGCUAACGGGACUCCAGCGUACCCUAUAACUGAGCCUAUUCAGCUUGAUGCUGGUUCAGACGUAUUUACGUGCAUGGCAGUCUCACCCAGUGGUCUUCUCACAAUAGGGGACACUGGUGGCUUCAUUCAUGAAUGGACAUCGACAGAUACCGUCAAGGUUAACGAUAGCUCGGAACCGUUAUGGCUGUCCCCAAUUACCACUGAACCUCCAAGUCCAAGCCUUCGGCUUGAUGCAAUACUAACCUCUGACAUUGGUACAACGAUACCAAAGUGUGCGCUGCCUGAGUAUGGACAUUCUUACUUGACUGACGAGUUGUUUGGAACUCAGAAACGAUCCGACAGCCCUACUCAACCGUCUCACCACCGAAUCAAACCCGGGCUGCCUGAGAGCUUGUAUGAAAGGCAUCCAUAUGCUCGCUUCCCCCUCCGUGUCAGAGAUGACAUAUCGGCCAGUGCAAAACGACACACUUCUGUAGGCUACGCGCAGGCACCUCAUUCAUUCGUAAGAAACUCUGAGGAAGGGCAUAAAGCAAGUCCUGUUGUGAAAGGUAUGUAUGGGAAACACCGAAACAAGAAGUACGGAAAGCCCAUGUCAUCGGGGACUCCAUCGUCGUCUAAGGGUGUCGAAGUAGUCAGGAAGUUAGACCUAUCAAAGCCUUAUUUUCGAUCCUAUUACGUUGAGAUGGAUCUCGUCGCUUGGGAGAGCUUUGAAGGGUUUGAUUUUUUGAAGUACAACAAAAGCGCUCUGUUCUGCGGAUUGGAAAAUGCGUUGCCAAACGUCUACGUCAAUGCCGCUGUGCAAGUACUGUACUUCACGCCGCCUUUACGGAGAGCAAUUGGAAGUCAUACAUGCGAAAGGCAGUGGUGCAUCUCGUGUGAGUUAGGGUUCUUGUUCCAUAUGUUUGAUCUUGGCGGUGCCGGAAUGGCAUGUGAAGCAGGAAACUUCACAAGGGCAUUCAUGACCAUGGCCAAUGCUGGUGCUCUUGGCUUACUGGAUGGUCCCCAUGCACUUCCUCUGUCGCAAAGAAUUGAAAACUUUUCGAGAUAUUUGUUGGAGCAGCUCCACCAAGAUGAUCAUUCUCAUGAGGGCAGUAUGGUCUCGAAUUUGUUCGGGACGGAGACAGUGUCGCAUGGGACCUUUACACCAAGCAAGACGAACUGGGAGAGGAGGUCACGACCUUUUCAGCAUACGUUGACUUACGAAAAUGAUGAAAGCAAACAACAUGCAUCAUUUUGUGAGCUACUGGAGCGAAGCUUUUCACAGGAUCUUGAUCCAACCAGAGCAUUCUGUGAGGCUACUGGGCAAUUCGAGACGAUGACGCAACGACGAGAUAUCCGGUCGCUACCCAACUUACUGUUAAUUGGAUGCAACUCAAAAGCACCUCAAUAUGAGCGUUGGUGGGAUUUGUCAGACAAAGCGGACGAUGUGUACAUUCGAAGCCGGCCAACUGCCUCUCAACAACUGGGCAUAGAAGCUCUCGAAAAGGCGUCAAAGGCCGCAAUGGAACGACCUCACAAGCUAAUACAAGCAAUGCUUGUUGAUGUGACCGACGGUGUGUCCGUUAGUGAACUUGAAGGGGAUGACGAAAGCUGGAGGACAGCAACUGAGGGGGAACCGUGCUUCGGGUACGACAAAAACGAAGUAGAAAUGGGGAGUCUGAAUAAGGGAGAUCAGUCAGCUGAAUAUGAUCUUUCGUUUGUUAUUGCACAUGUGCCACAAUUAGAGUUUGAGGCGGGGGGGUCAGACAGGGGAGACACUGGGCGGCGCAACAUCGGGGGACACCUGGUGUCAUACAUUCGAGUCCCGCAAGAAUAUAGGGAUCGGCAGAAAGUCGAGAAGUCGCAGUCGAAAGACAUGAAUCUUGGGGCGGACUGGUGGUGCUUCAACGAUUUUGUGAUAUCGCCAUGCGAUGGAUUCGGUGAGGUAGCAGCGUUUGACAAGCGAUGGAAAAAACCGUGUUUGAUUGGGUUCGUGCGAAGAGACGUAUGGCAGCGGGUGAAAGCGUGCAAGCUGGAGCACAAUGCAAACGUGCGAGAAGUUUUAGGCACGGAGGAUCGAAACGCGGCAGUGGGGUUGCGACCUGGCGAAGAAGUUCCAGGGCGAGGUACGUUGCUCGGGUUGGAUUGCGAAUUUGUAAUUGUGGGGCGGGAUGUCGCAGAGAUCUUCGGGGAUGGAACAAGAAAAGUUGUGGUUCCAUCCCGGAUGGCAUUGGCGCGGGUUUCUGUAAUACGAGGGUAUGGUGAUCUGAAGGGCACUGCACUAAUCGAUGAAUACGUCGCCGUGCGGGAACCUGUUGUUGAUUAUGUGACUCGAUUUUCUGGGAUAGCAGAAGGUGACCUUGACGUUGGAAGGUCACUUUACAAGGUGACCAGCCUGAAGAGCGUAUACAAAAAGUUGCGAUGCCUAUUGGAUGCGGGAUGCAUAUUUGUCGGGCAUGGGCUGAAGUCAGAUUUUCGAAUAAUCAAUUUUGUGGUUCCUCCCGAACAGGUGAUUGACACUGUGACUCUGUUUCGGGUAUCGAAAAAACGAUUGUUGGGGUUGCGAUUCUUGAGCAACACUCUGCUCGGAGGGGACAUCCAGUCAGUGACGCAUGACUCGAUUGAAGACGCUGACGCGGCACUGCAACUAUAUGGUGUCUACAUGAAGUUGAAGGGCCAAGGGGGGGGACCGGACGUGUUCGAGCACAACCUAAAACGUUUGUAUACUUACGGAUAUCUGAAAGGAUGGAAAGUGGACGUGGAAGACCCGUUUGUGAUCGAUUGGAAAGACACGGCGGGUAGGAAGAGCGACGAGUGAUUGGCGAAAAUGUAGGAGCCAUUGUUGGAAUAGAAGCGAGCAAAGCAUGACAAUGGAGCAGGGGUGGGACGGAUGUAUAUUGUUUGUGCUACUGUAUAGGGAAAUGAAAGAAUGCGGUAAAAGCCUGCGUUGCCAUUUUAUUGCUU